AUGCAAACCGUGGCGGUGUUCGCCGAAGCCGAUCGACAGUCGACGCAUAGGUACAAAUCCGAUGAAUCGUACGAGGUCGGUCACGGCAAGGCGCCGGUGGCGGCGUAUUUGGAUUACGAAUCCAUCAUUCGCUGCGCCAAGGAGAACGGGGCGCAGGCUAUUCAUCCGGGCUACGGAUUUUUGAGCGAAAACGCCGCCUUUGCGCGACGAUGCGAGGAAGAAGGGAUCGUGAUGAUCGGGCCGAAGUCGCAAACGUUGACGGAGAUGGGCGAUAAGGUGAUCGCCAAGGCGAAAGCGAAGGAGUGUGGGUUGCCGCUCGUGCCGGGGACUGAAGAGGCGACGGCGGACGUCAACGAUGCCUUGGAAUUCGCCAAGGAGUUCGGAAUGCCAAUCAUGCUCAAGGCCGCGAUGGGCGGUGGUGGUCGCGGUAUGCGUGUUGUCAAGGAGUACUCCGAGCUCGAAGAUGCGUUCAAGCGCGCUUCGAGCGAGGCACAGACUGCGUUCGGCGACGGGAGAAUGUUUUUGGAACGUUACGUCGAGGCGCCGCGACACAUCGAGGUGCAAAUUCUAGCCGACAACUACGGUAACGUCGUUCACUUGGGCGAGCGCGAUUGUUCCGUGCAACGUCGUCACCAAAAAGUUGUCGAGUUGGCGCCCGCGCCCAACCUUGACCCAGUGCUUCGCCAAAGAUUAUUUGACGACGCCGUGGCGCUCGCCAAGCAUGUCAACUAUCGCAACGCCGGCACGGUGGAGUUCAUGGUUGAUAAGCAAGGGCGUCACUAUUUUUUGGAAGUGAACCCGCGCAUCCAAGUAGAACACACUGUGACGGAAGAAGUCACUGGGAUCGAUUUGGUGCAAUCGCAGAUAUUGAUCGCAGGUGGUCAAAAGUUGUCCGACAUCGGUAUCAAGUCCCAAGACGACAUUCAGCUUCGCGGCUUCGCGAUGCAGUGCAGAAUCACCACCGAAGACCCGUCCAUGAACUUCUCUCCGGAUUUCGGCAAAGUUGAGGUCUACCGUCCUCCGGGCGGUAUGGGUGUGCGUUUGGAUGGUGAAGUCGUGGUCGGUUCGCGAGUGUCACCCAACUACGAUUCGCUCCUCGUCAAGCUCACGUGCUCGGAGAAGAACUUUGAAGCAACCGUGCAAAAGAUGUAUCGAUCGCUCAAUGAAUUCCGUAUUCGCGGCGUGAAGACAAACAUUCCGUUCCUGAUGAACGUUUUGUCCAGCGAAACGUUCUUGAGCGCGAACUUUGCCACGGACUUUAUCGAUAGCACUCCGAGCUUGUUCAAGUUGGACUCGUACAUCGAUGACACGCAGAAGCUUCUCAAUUACCUCGGUGACGUUGCCGUGAACGGUUCGUCGCACCCUGGUGCGGUCGGUCCCGCGCCGACGUGCGCGGAACCGCCAGUUCCCGAACCGAAGAAGUCUUUAGCGCAGCUCAAGGACACCGGGUUCAAGGCUAUUUUGGACAAGGAGGGUCCGGCGGCGUUCGCCAAAGCGGUUCGCCAGCACAAGGGCUUGCUCAUCAUGGAUACGACGUGGCGGGACGCGCACCAGUCGCUCUUGGCGACGCGCGUGCGGACGCACGACCUUCGUCGUUCGGCACCACUCACGCGAAGCGCCCUCAGUGGCGCGUAUUCGCUUGAGAUGUGGGGUGGCGCCACCUUCGACGUCGCGCUUCGAUUCUUGCAAGAGGAUCCGUGGAGGCGACUCGAGCUUCUUCGUGAGCAAGUGCCAAACAUCCCAUUUCAAAUGCUUCUUCGCGGCGCCAACGCGGUCGGUUAUACUUCGUACGCGGACAACGUCGUGCAAAGCUUCGUGCACCAAGCGCGCAAGUCUGGUAUCGAUGUUUUCCGCGUUUUUGACUCGCUCAACUACGAAGAUAACCUCAUGUUUGGCAUCGACGCCGUGCGCAACGCCGACGGCGUCGUUGAAGCGACAAUUUGCUACACUGGUGACGUGAGCGAUCCGAAGAAGACUAAAUAUACGCUGGACUAUUAUGUCGACCUCACGACCAAGCUCGUUGAGCACGGUAUUGAUGUGCUCGCCGUGAAGGACAUGGCUGGUUUGUUGAAGCCGCGCGCCGCGACGAUGUUGAUCUCCGCCAUUCGCGCCAAGUUUCCCGACUUGCCCAUCCAUGUGCACACCCACGACACCGCUUCAACGGGCGUGGCUUCCAUGCUCGCUGCUGCCGCGGCAGGUGCGGAUGUUGUCGAUGUGUGCAUGGACGCCAUGGCUGGCACGACGUCCCAACCCGCCAUCGGCGCCGUGAUCAACUCAGUCGCGGGCACCGAGCUCGACACCGGAUUGGAUAUCGAUGAAGUGCUCAAGCUCAACUUGUUCUGGGAACAAACGAGAGGUCUGUACUCUCCGUACGAGAGCGGUAUUAAAAGCGGAAGCUCAGAUGUGUACAUUCACGAGAUGCCCGGUGGUCAAUACACCAACUUGAAGUUCCAAGCGUACGCCAACGGACUCGGAAGCGAAUGGGAUCGCAUCAAGGAUUCGUACGCGACGGCGAAUAAGAUCUUGGGUGACAUCGUGAAGGUGACGCCGUCUUCCAAGGUCGUCGGUGAUUUCGCGCAAUUUCUCGUCGCGAACAACCUGGAUGAGCACUCCGUGGUGGAAAAAGCUGACACGUUGUCCUUCCCGACUUCCGUCGUCGAGUACUUCCAAGGAUACCUGGGCCAACCCGUCGGUGGCUUCCCCGAACCGCUUCGCUCGCGAGUGGUGAAGAACAAGGAAAUCAUCGCCGGUCGUCCUGGGGCGUCGCUUCCCAGCAUGGACAUCAACAAGUUACAAAACGAGCUGUCCAUCAAGCACACCGGCCGUCGAUCGAUCACGCACAAGGAUGCGCUCGCGGCGGCUUUGUACCCGAAGGUGUUCGACGAGUACGUCGUGAAGCGCGACACCGUCGGGCCGGUCGGUUUGCUCCCGACCAAGGCGUUCUUGAAGGGAUUGGACAUCGAUGAAGAGAUCGAAGUCACCACCGAUCGCGGUGUGAGCACGAACAUCAAGCUUAAGGCUGUCGGUGAGCUGUUGCCAAGCGGCAACCGCGAAGUGUUCUUUGAAGUCAACGCGAUUCCGCGCGUCGUCGAGAUCCACGACAGAAAGAUUCUCGAGAGCGCCUCCAAGGGCGGCGGCGGCGCAGUCGCUCGCGAGAAGAGCGAUCCACUCGACCCGGGCUCGGUCGGCGCCCCGAUGUCAGGGUCCGUCGUCGAAGUCCUCGUCGCUCCCGGUCAAAAGAUUAAAGCGGGCGAGCCCAUCGUCGUGUUGAGCGCGAUGAAGAUGGAAACGACCGUCGCUUCUCCCGUCGCCGGCACCCUCAAGCACGUCGGCGUCGUCAAAGGCGACACGUGCGCCGCCGGCGAUUUAAUGUGCGCCAUCGACGUCGACGCCGCGUAA